AUGAGUGAAGAUGAUUAAGUAUUACUAUUAUAUUCAUUAUUACUUUAGCAUUUUCUUCAAGAUGACAAUAGUGAAGAUUAUCAAUUUGAAGAGAAUCUUGAAAAAUAAUAUGCUGUAUUUCUAUUUACAUUAUUUAAGUUAUACCCUAAAGUUACUAAUAAAAGACCUGAAUCUAAACAUGGAAGACCUGAAAGUUCCAAAUUUUAGUAUAAAAAAUAAGAAUAGCAAACCAUAGAAUAAUAACCUAAAAUUUUAGAAGCCAUACCUACUUCUCCUGCUCUUAAGAAAUUUAACUAAUUAGUAUCCUUUCACAAAAUAUUAAUUGAAUAAUUCUGGAAGAAUCAUACAAUCAUGGCUUCAUAAACUGAAUUUAUUGGGUUUCUAUUAGAAUCAGGUAAUAUUUCAUUAAUAAAUAAGGAUUUCAAUUUGAUUAACAUGAAAUCAAUUAAAUACUUACAGAUCUAUCUAAUGAUAAUGGUGUAAUCACUAUUGAAAGUCUUUGUAAGAAAAUACCAGCAUGGCAUUAAAAUGAGAGUAUAAUUCUAACAAUAUUAUUAUUAUAGAUGCAAUGUUAGAAUUUAUAAGGGAAAAAGCACUCAAAUUAGCAUAAGAAUCAAAGAGAAAGUUUUCUGCCCAAAAGAAACCAAAACCCUAAUCUGCUAGCUCCAAAAGAACUGGAUUCAAUAAAGUUGAUUCCAGACCAAUUAGUGGUAUUUCAAAAAAGUAUCAAUCUAAUUUUAGUGAUUUGAAAAUGUAAAUUAUACAAUAUAUAUCUAAAUAGAUCUAACAUUAAUGAUAAACCAUUAUAAAAUAGAUCUAAACAUUAUUUAUAAUUAGCUAAGCAAAAAUAAUAAGAAGAGGAUAGACUUCUAUAAUUAACUAUAAAUUAAGGUAAGAAUGAAUAUGAAUAUGAAAUGCUCAUUAAAAUGGGAGAAGCUAAUGAAUUAUCAUAAGAAUUAGAUAGCAAAAUUACUUAUAGAGCCUAUAAGACUGCAUAAGGACAUUUAAAGGUUCAUGUAUAUGAAUUGGAACAUUUUUAAAGAGAUCUAACAUUAGAGGAAUUUUAAAGAGAAUAUAAUAUUUUAAGGAGUAAAUAUAAUGAGAAAAAAAAAUUAAAGAUUUGGGAAGUACUUAAUGAUUAGAAAAAAAAUUAAAAAAGUUUAUAACAUUUUGGAUCUUCUUAAAAAGAAGAUAUCAAAUAAAAUGAAGGUGAUGCCAAAGCUGCAAAUAAAAAAGAAAGAUAAUAAGAAUUAAAGAAAGUACUUUUAGAAACAAUGAUGCUUUCAAAUGUUUUGAAGGAAUAAAUAGUAGUAUUGAAUAGAAAGGGUAUCAAUGCAAUUCAUAACCAAAGUGUAAAAUUAUGA